GGAGAGAGAGCGAUGGCGGCGAUGACGGGCGGCCUGCCCGGGCUUUCGCCUUCGCAGAGCCAGUUGGACUACGCGCUGGAGGAUGCGAACACGCUUCAGGAGAAGGAGAACUUGGUGUACCAGCACGUGAAGAAGGUGGACGGAUGGGAGCGGGAUUUGAAAGUUCCCGAGUUUGGAGCAGCACUGGUGGUCUUAUACACAAUUUGUAUCAUAAGCAUUCUUUCAGUUUCAUCAUACAAAUAUGGUGUCCUUAUUAUAGGUGUUCACUCAGCAAAAUUUCCAAAUGAAAAAGUUUUGGAUAACAUCAAAAGUGCUGUUCUUAGAUAUAACAUCACUCAUCCUGUGGUAAAUGAUGUUAAUGCAACCCUCUGGCAUGAGCUAGAAGUGUCUUGUUGGCCAACCUUGGUAAUUGUUGGACCUCGUGGCAAUAUCUUGUUCAGUCUGAUUGGCGAAGGGCACAAGGACAAACUAUUUCUAUUUACAACUAUAGCCUUAAAAUACUACAAGGAACAAGGACAAAUUAAUAGUAAUAGAAUUAGAACACACCUAUAUAGAGACUCUUUGUCUUCUUCACCUUUGCUGUUCCCUGGGAAAAUUGCAGUAGAUAGUUCCGAAAACACAUUGGUAAUAGCAGAUACUGGACAUCAUAGGAUUUUGGUUGUGAAAAAAAAUGGUCACAUUCUGCACAUCAUUGGAGGAUCAGACAGAGGAAGAAAUGAUGGAAAUUUUUCAGAAGCAUCAUUCAAUUCUCCACAAGGAGUUGCCAUAAAGAACAAUAUUAUUUAUGUAGCAGAUACAGAAAACCAUCUAAUUAGAAAG